AUCACCGCCCUUAUCAGAGACAUAAAAGCACCUGCGGGAACUGCAGACCUUCUCCUGAUUCCGCUGCAGCCAACCCAGAGCCAUGACUCCCCGAUGCUACAUCCUGGCUGUCUGGGCCGCUCUCUGCAUCAUCAGCCUCCUCUGUUCACAGGGAGCCCCAGUGUCCCCCACGGGUGCUCACCUGAUGCUGUGCCAGUCACACUCAAGAUGUGGGGACAGGUUCUACGACCCCCAGCAGCACUGUUGCUAUGACGAUGCUGUGGUGCCCUUGAGUACUUCCCGGAAGUGUGGAAACUGCACCUUCAGGAUCUGCUUUGAGCAGUGCUGUCCCUGGUCAUUCAGACCCCAGGAGACCUUCGUGGUAAAAGUGAGAGGCCAAGCGUGUUCCUUCGGCCCAUUCCCGGGUGACAGGGUUUGUUCCAGUGUCAGAUGACCGAGGACGGGUGACCAGGUGACUGCAGAUUCUGUUCCUCACUGAGCCUGGAGACGGGGCCUGGUGUUGACUGAGCUCCGGGACUGCAGGGGACAUAUGGGGACAGGAGACUCUCAGAGUCAACGUGUCCGUCUUUUGCUGGCUCCUCUAGCCCUCUAACUCUGUCCUAAGUGGUGACCGGCCCCCUUUCUCUGAUUCUGGACAAUCGUGAGAGAUUGUUUUGCUGAUGGAGGUCCGAGGGCCCCAAACCCUACAGCUGAUACCAUGAAGCAGAACCCCAUUACCUUCGGCUCCUUUCUCACCUGGCACCAAACACACGGCACUUAAUAAACU